CCCGAACAAAAACAAACAGAUAAACGGAGAUGAGGUGAAACUGUUAAUGUAUUUUGUCGAUAACUCGUCGUAAUAAAUUCUUAACAUCAGAUUUACGUGAGGUAAAUCGGUGAAGAACCAGGAUGUCAUGCCUGCUGACAACGUGUGGAGACACAGUCCAUUACAACCAGGUACCCCUGGACGACUACUGCGACGAUUCAACAGAAUCAGUAAAAAGGGAGACAACUCAUUCAAGAGAUCAACUGACCUGUAUACAAAAAUUAAACUGUAAUCUGUCGCGUCAAAACAACUGCACCUGUUGUAACAAGAAAAUAGGGAAGUGUUGUGAAGCGUCUGUUAUAGGAUUGUUCGUUUCUAUAGCACUGUUGAUCAUUACUCCAGCAAUAUGUGCCGCACUGUUUUACUACAGCUUGUUUGUACUACAGCCCACCCUUGUUAUAGACAAGUCCAUCCACGCCUUCACAAUCCCAAACCAUCCUGCCUCCUUAAACUAUGAUGCGUUUAAAGUGGCGACACAACACAACAGCAGCCGGCAUUCCAUUCCCUAUGGACGCUGUGACAGCCUCUUCUCUGGUCGGCACAGGAGGUCCGUCCAAUCAGGGAGAGAAAAUCUUAAAUUGGUGCAAGAUCAAUCAAUCAGCCAUAUGUCAAAUCGUAAAACAUCAGAGGAUUUGUCAAAACAAUCACUGGCAACGCAUAAUAUUUUACGUAGUUUAUCAAAACGGUCAGCUUCAGAUUCUGACUCAUUCAGCAUCCUGUCACGUGUUCAGUACCAUGCUCAGUGGAAAAUGCAGGUUGUUUUCAUGGCUAAAGGGGAGGAGGAUGGCAACGUCUUCACAAGGGAGAGACUGGAAAUGAUUCAUGAUAUUGAACAAAGGAUUAUCAGCCAUCCAGAUUUCUAUCAUUUCUGUCUAAAAGACUACACUAUAGCUCAUAUGGAUCCUGCUGUCAGGGCCCAGAACUCCUGUGCUCCUCUCAAUUCUCUCAUGUCUUUCUUUUAUCCUUCGCUAGAUGAUCAAAAUAGACCUCUCUUUGACGGACUUGGUAAGACACUCAUAAAAAAUAUUAGUGAAGGUUUACAAUGGGCUUUCACCUCAGACAAAUCCUACUACUUUGUGGAUCCACAUGUUAAUAAAACAUUUCACAAAAGCCGUUUUCUGAGGACGGAAGUGAAGUUUGGAACACCUCUUCAGGGAUAUAAUUCACCGUAUUUUGAGAUCAAGCAACAAUCAGAAAAGUUCAAAGCAUUUGUUGUUACCUACAUUGAUCUGCUGUCCAAGUUAUCAAAUAAUAAAUUACAGGUACUGUAUGGAGGUACAGAGAUCUUUGACUACCAGGUAGACAGUACGUUUUGGAACGACGUGAAAAUGGCCUAUAUCACCAUGAUCUGUAUUUGUGUCAUCAUGAUGAUGUUGACGUUCUCCGUGUGGCUCACCUUCUGGGGCGUGGCUAGCAUUGUCAUGUGCUUCCCGCUGGCUCUGUUCCUGUACCGGUUUGUGUUUGGGAUCUCGGCUCUAGGUAUCCUCAAUGGGGUAGCUGCCUUUGUCAUCAUAGGAAUAGGAGUGGAUGAUGUGUUUGUAUUCGUGAACAUUUUCCGUCAGUCAAGCGGACAAAAAAGUGUCUCAAAAAGAAUCCGUCACACAAUGCUGACUGCAGGCAAAGCCACAUUCUUCACAUCAUUUACCACAACAGCUGCCUUCGCUGCUAACGUGUUCUCUUCAAUCCCUGCUGUACACCAGUUUGGCCUGUUUAUGUCACUUAUCGUUUCCUGUUGCUGGGUUACCGUGAUGCUCAUCAUGCCCCCCGCACUCUAUAUAUGGGCGCUAUCUAUCUACAAAUGUGAAGAGGCCGUUGCCAGACUAAUAUCACGAUGUCUAGGUCGGUCAAAGAGUGCACUCUCAGCCAAGCUGUGCCUUCCCGCCGAUAUAGCCCGCUUUGUGAGGGGACAGACCCAAGAUAACACCAGUCCCCCCUCUUGGACCUGUGGGCAGGACAGCCCUGUUGAAGUUGCAGACUCCCCAGAUGAGGAUGACGUCCCCUUGUUAAUGAUGGACGACCCUAUGCAGGAGUAUUUUGAUGCAAUUGAUGAUGAUGAUGAAGCUUUGCUGGAUGCUACCUUAAAGCUAGAUGAUCAGAAAGAAGAUUUACUUUUCAGCAAGAUGUUGCAAGGUUUCACCUUUCACGGUAUAGCACGUCCUGUAACACACAUACGCAGGGGUGUAUUAGUUCUGUCCCUGGUGGUCCUGUGUGUGUCAGUAGGCCUGAUGGUCCAGCUUACUCCUGCCACACGACCCCCGCAAUUGUUCCAAUCUGACACCAACCUGCAGAUGUUACUUGACCUGAAAAGCAACCUCAGCGUAGACACAAUCUUCUGUCCACGAUGUUCAGCUAUAUACAGCAUGAAUCCUGCUUAUAAUCGAAAACGCCCCAACCGUCCUUCGCACAGGUCUCAUCCUGUGGUCACCCCCCAUAUUACUACGGCGCAUGUGACUGUCCCACCAUUACAGUCUACAACUAAAGAAGUUAAGCCUCCAAUAGUAAAGACCAGGAAACCCACUCCUAAAACGAUAACUUCACCAAAGUCUCCACCUGUAACACGUAGACCGAGACCAAGCACACCUAAGCCAGUAGUACCUAACACAGACGCUGCUCUCCACUGGACUCCUGGUCCUCCCCGAUCAAGUGUGCCCGUCAAAGGUCAAGGGCCAGAAGGUGUCAGUGUGUGCCAAGGGCAUGACUGCUCUAACACCAAGGACCGUCCCAUGUUAGAGAGCGGUGCCGUUGUACAUGUGGUGUUCGGGAUCAAAGGCAUAGACAGAAGUAACGUCCCUGUUGGUCAUGUUCUUGACCAAACUCAGGGAACAGUAGAUUUUGAUUCCAAGUUUAGCAAGUUUUUCUCGUUUGAUGAGGAUCUCCUUAGCGCGAUAGACGGUAUAAAGACUCUGUGUCGGAUCUGUCAACGUAUCGCCAAUGAGAGUAGUCUUGUCCGCAAGGGCAGUGCCCAAUGUUUCCCUCCUCAUAUGGCCUGUCUGGACGAGAUACCUGAGUGUCGUGACCUCCAGCAGACCCAGUCCGUGUAUGGUCGCCAGGCACCAGCCCACUACGCUGGGGGUCUCACAGCCAACAAAACAGGGCUACUCUGGUGGGCAUUUGCAUUCGAGUCUACCACUCCAAAAGGAAUUUCGUACUUUGAAGCAUACAAGCAUUAUCUGAAAUGGGAGACUCUGAUUGAGGACAUAAAAUCCUCAGAACAUAAGCAUAUAGAAGUGCUGGAUUCCAUGUUUCAGACGUCACAGUUCUGGACAAAGGUACUGAUGGAAGUGGUGGCGGUAAACAGUGCCAUCUAUGGGCUGGUGCUGUCUAUGGUGGUGUGUAUGGUUGCCGUGGCGCUGUUUACUGGACAUGUGCUGCUGCUCUUCAUCGUAUUCAUAUGUAUACUGCAAAUGAUUUGUCUGGUAGUGGGUGUGUUUUACAUGGCUGGCUGGGAGAUGGGUGGAGUAGAGGCCAUCUCACUCUCUAUACUAGUCGGCUCCUCGGUGGAUUACUGUGUACAUCUGGUGGAGGGAUACCUGCUGGCAGGGAAGGCACUCCCCCAGGACCACAAACAGUCGGCCUCUUCUGCUCGACGCUGGAGAACUAAAGCAGCUAUAACACACAUUGGCGUGUCCAUCCUGUCAAGUGCACUGACAACGAUUGUGGCUGCUAUCCCCCUGACCCAGACUAUCAUCAAGCCGUUCGCCAAGUUUGGUCAGAUCGUAGCCAUCAACACCUCUGUAUCUAUUGUGUAUUCACUCACCGUCUGCUCGGCCUUCCUAGCAACCAUUGCCCCCGGUUACUUCAUCCCUACCUGGAAGUCACACUUGAAAGCCCUUGCAGGGACCGUCCUCGUCUUGGGUGCAACUGUCCUGUCUCUGUAUGGGGCUGCAAAGGCUGGGGUUUUUAUCCCCGGCCCUAAUGGGGAAGCACUUUUCCCAAACUAACAGACAAUUCAUAUCCGAGAGUGUGAAGUAAGGAGAUAUGUAGAAAAGUAGUUGUAAUGUAAUGAUGAUGUGAGUAUGUUACACAGCCUUGCUUGUUUAAGGCGCGCUGCUACAUAUUUCGUACAGUGAAAAUAUUUGGACAAGACUGUGUUUACAUGUCGGCGAGCAAUAUCAUGCAUAUCAUAAUAGUUUUGGUCCGGAUGUAUCUAUCAGGAUUGGAACAGUGUAAUAAACAGGACGACUGUAUUCUAUAAAAUAAUCACACUUUUAUUUAUCUACAUGUAUUGCCCUGUGUGUAAUGUAUGACUUCAGGUUUUUCAUUUUAUCUGUAUUUCCCUAACCUUGGUCUUUUAUAUUACAAAGAUAAAAUAAACACUUUUUUAAAUACCCUUUAAUUUAAUUUUUAAAUUUAACUAAUCUCACACAGUUACACUAGUGGGGCACAUUCUCAGGAAUUUAAAAAAUAAAUUUAUAUAAAUUUCUACAUAGGUUUCAAGCCUACAAAAUGUUAGCAUUUACAGUAUUGAACAAAGUAGCAUUUACAGUAUUGAACAAAGUAAUACAGGUAUCUAUAAUAACUAUUUACAUAUAUAUAUCAGACUUGCUAAAAUCCUAAUAAGAGCGAGUGCUUUGGUGUCCAGAGUAAGGUAGUUAAUGGUUCUGUCUGACCUCAUUUCUUUUAAUGCUCUCAGUUCGUGAGGUGUUAGUUACUAGUAUAAAAAGUUUGUAAGCAAAGCAGUCUCACCUUUAGUGCUGUCCAAAUAGUGUUGUCUGAGGGGCUGAUUGUUCUCGGUAUUUUAUCAAGGGGGAUAAUCCAUACAGUCAGGUCAGUUUCUAUUAAUCAUUUAAAUAACAGUAUUCUCUUUUUCUGUGAUAAGGUUAGGUCAGUCUGUCUUGAUGUUUUUGAUCUUCCAAAGAUCAGUCUCUUUCCUAUCUAAAUGUUAGUGAUACUGGUGAUGCAUGGAUUGAAAAACAUAUACAUGUAUUUUUUCUUCAUUUCGGGGAAGUAGGACACUUUCAAUCAAUGAUGAUAGCAUUAGUGAUGUUUUCUAUUAUUUAUAACUUAAUUAUACUAUCAACUAGCAAGUGUUAUUUUGUCAAUCAAAGGCCACAAUCAUCACUGUCUUUCAUUUUUCUAAGAAGUGUUUCUGAGUGUAAGAGUGAUAAUUACUUACUUUGCCAUCUUCAAAUAUAUAUUUUUUAAGUAUUUCUGCACUGUUAUUCCAUGUUGCCACCUUCUAUUUCCUAUUAAAAUCAUUACAAAUAAAGUUAUGGGUAAUAUUUUAUAAACAGAUGUUAUAUUACUUUAAAGAAUUUUUAAAAAAUAGGUUGAAAAAUAAAUGUAAAAGUGAUUUUGCUUCUAGCAGAAAACGGUUUCGUUUCCUCAUUUGCCUUUUAACAAGAACUUCAGAAAACACUACAUUCUUUCAAAAAGAAUAAAGAGAGAAAAGGAGGAAUGUGGAUUUCUAUGCUUAGUUCUCCCUAAUACAUCAUUUAAGUCACAGCUAAAUAUCUAGUGAGAGCCCUGCACCAUGUGAUGGUAUUUUAACAAUUAAAGCACAUUUAUCAGAAAAAAACUAAAGUUAAAAACACUAAGCCUUUUUCAGUUCCUCUAUGAUAUAAACAAUUCCGAUUUAAUCAGUUCCUCAAUGAUUUAAACAAAAAUAUAUCUUCUCAUUUUAACUGCAUGUUUCACUUUUAUGUAUUGACUUCUGAUAAUUAUAGAUGAUAAUGUUGUAAUUAUCGAAUUCUAUACCAUGAUUUAGAGCAUGAUGGUAUUAGGAUCAUCCUCGUUUACUGUGAUAAGUUACAUUUACUUGUUAUGUAUUGACAUAAUUUUGAUUAUCAUGAUUGUAUAUUUUGAUGUGUUUUCUGUACUUCGUGUUUUUUAACUAAAUGAUAUCCUACAGUGCUGUUUAUUCUGCAAUUUUUAAACAAGGCUAAACAGGUUAUUUUUAUAUGUACUUUAGCAUUAAAGAAUGACAUUUUGAAAAUGUAACAUGAAGUAAAUUAAUAAGAUUUGUAAUAUGGGUGAGAGGUUGUUUCGCUACUGGUCAUUAACAAUAGGUUGACCGCUACUGGUCAUUAACGAUAGGUUGACCGCUACUGGUCAGGAGGUUGUCUGCUCGUAGUCAAAAGGUUGUCUUUACUUAGUUGUCAGUGGGAUGUCUUUAAUAUUGGUCACUGGGAUGUCUACAAUAUUGGUCAGUGGGAUGUCUACAAUAUUGGUCAGUAGGAUGUCUACAAUAUUGGUCAGUAGGAUGUAUUCACUAGUGGUCAUUGGGUUGUCCAUUCUAGUGGUCAUUGGGUUGUCCAUUCUAGUGGUCAGUGGGUUAUCCAUUCUAGUGGUCAGUGGGUUGUCCAUUCUAGUGGUCAUUGGGUUGUCCAUUCUAGUGGUCAGUGGGUUGUCCAUUCUAGUGGUCAGUAUGUUGUCUAUUCUAGUUGUCAGUGGGUUGUCUAUUCUAUUUGUCAGUGGGUUGUCUAUUCUAGUGGUCAGUGGGCUGUCUACACUAGUAGUGGUCACCAGAAUGUCAGUACCAGUGAUCACUGUCUUAUCUACCAUUGGUCAGUAGGAUAUCUUACUUGACUUAUACUUGUACAGUAUGAUGCUUUGACUAUAUUGAUUUACACAUGUUCUGAACUUGGACAUCAUUCUCAGUUCUCAGAAUUAGAUUGGAGUUUAGAGCUGGAAAUAAAACACUUAAUGAACAACAAAAAUACUUAUUAUCAAUGUUUUAGGGAAGUGUUGAAUUAAUAAAUUUCCAAGUUUAGAACAUUCUUACAGUUACAAGAGGUUGAAUGUUGACAUGAUAGUCACUAGCAUCAUGACAAAGAUCAAACACACCCCUUGUUUGUUGUGUCUUGUCUGAUCUGUAUUACAGGUGUGCAGUUAUAAAACUCUGAAAUUAUUUUACAUCAUGUAAACUUUUGCACUGCAUCAAUAUCCCACUCCUGUUGGUCAUACUGGAGACAACCUACUAACGGCACCCAUGAUAAAGCCAGGGUCAAGGUUCAGACUGCUGGUUUUACAGAUGCUGUUGUACCUGGAAAUAUUUGUGUAUAUAUGAGUGAUCCCCAAAUUGACAUCCCAUGUUAAAGCUUAUGUAACCCAAACUUACUGGAAGUAAAGCGUGGAAAGAUUC